AUGAGUGGGAGCUCCAAGUCGCGGAUUCAACCGAACAAUUGCAGGAAUUACUGUGCUUCUUCAUCCUCUCGUGUGCAUGCUGUUGUUCCCCACUGCAAAUGUGGUCAAGAGGCUGUGGUUAGGGUCUCGAGGACUGAUUUGAACCCAGGAAAAGCUUUCUAUAGUUGCUAUUUACCUAAGGGUCAUGUGUCCAAUUGUAAUUUUUUUCGUUGGGUUGAAGAAGAAGGUGAAGUGGUUUCAAAUGGGCAGAACCCUAACAACAAUGAUGAAGAAGUGAGGCUGUUGAAGGAAAUUUUGUUGCAGAAUCAGACCUUGUUGCAGGAGGUAGUGAUGAUGAAGGAGAUUAUGCAGAAGAAGAAUGAGUUUUUGGUUGAAGAGAUUAGGAUCAUGAAGGGAAUUAUGCUGAAGAACAAUGACACUCAUAUGCAACAAAUUCACUUCAUGAAAUCAUGUGUGAUAUUCAUGGGAUUUGCUGUGUUGUUUAUGGUGUUUUUGAAACUGUUUGUGUAGAAUGAGUGAACCUAGGGGAGAGGGGGGAGGGAAGCAGUUUGUAAUCAUGUAUUAUUUUUCUGUAUUAGUCUAUUGAACUCUAUCAAUGAAUUUAAAUUUCUAUCACAGUAUACCAAUGAAUUUUAAUUUCUCAACAUACAUAAACAACCUGCUUAUAACAUAAAUUUUGCAACAUACAUAAAGAACCUGCUCAACAUACAUAAACAACCUACUUAUAACAAAAUUUUUGCAACAUACAUAAACAACCUGCUCAACAUACAUAAACAACUUGUUUAUAACAUAACAAGACAACUUGUUUAUAACAUAAACAAAAGGGCUACUAGGCCUUUCAUGCAAGAUAACUUAACUGGCCACAUAACCAUAAUAAGUAGCUACAUAAACAGACAGGAUCCCAAGAAAUAACAACUU